AUGCGGCCCCUUGUAGCCAUCAAACGAGGCGGUGUCGGCUCAUUCACGCCAAAGAUCGGCAAUCUACAAAUACUGGACACUGGCAAGACUUCGUUGACCCUCACCGCGUUGGUGAACUUCACCAAUCCUACCGAGUACAGCGCAACAGUACCCUUUGUCGACAUCAAUAUCCUGACCAACGGCACAUUGCUUGGACACGCUACAGCCAAGGAUGUGAGCGUUGUGCCCGGAGUCAAUACCAAUAUUCUCGUUACAGCCAUAUGGGACCCUAGGACAUUGGGUGGCGAAGAAGGCCACCGCGUUGGUGUCGAGUUCUUAUCUCAAUAUAUUUCUGGUUGGUGA